AUGGCGACUGCUUAUGCCAGCCCGCCUGAAGGCGUGGCAACCGCGGCAACAAAAAAAGCGAAUGCCGAAUUUGCCGCGCGGUUGCCUAUCUCAGAUCAGACAGAUUUUGAUAAUGCGAACAAAGGUUUUCUGGCCAAAAUCGAAAACAAGAUACUCAACGAAGACGGCUCGGUAGCGUGGGAUCCAGACCAGUUUGAGUUUGUAAAGGGCAGUGCACCGGACACGGUAAACCCUUCUCUGUGGCGGCAAGGCAAGCUCAACAGUAUCCAUGGUCUGUUUGAGGUUGUACCGGGCAUCUAUCAAAUCCGCGGUUACGAUCUGGCGCAAAUGACCUUGAUUGAAGGCAAGAGCGGAUGGAUCGUCGUCGAUCCGUUGACCACACCGGCACCGGCCAAAGCGGGGCUGGCUUUGGCAAACAAGGUGCUCGGUGAACGACCUGUCAAAGCAGUUCUGUUCACGCACAGUCAUGGUGAUCAUUAUGGUGGUGCCAAUGGGGUUGUCAGCGAACAGGAUCUUGCCUCUCGCAGUGUUCAGAUCAUCGCACCAGACAGUUUUGUCCGGGAAUCUAUCGGCGAGAGCAUCGUAGCCGGAACGGCCAUGAACCGCCGGGUGCAGUUUCAAUUUGGCACAUCGCUCCCAGCGGGAGAAACAUCUCUUGUUGGCGUUGGCCUAGGCCAGGCCCUCUCGCGUGGGGCUAUUGCGCUGAUACCGCCGACCCGGAGCAUCAGCAAGGAUGGUGAAAUGCUCACCAUCGAUGGCAUAACCUUUGAGUUUAUGGAUGCCGGUGAAACCGAAGCGCCUGCAGAAUUUGUCUUUUAUCUACCACAGUUCAAGGCGUUACACAGUGCCGAAGUGGCGACACGCACAUUUCAUAACGUCCUUACCCCGCGCGGUGCAUUGGUUCGCGAUACGCUCAAGUGGAGCAAAGUGAUCGAUACUAUGUACGCAAGAUAUGGCGCGAAAUCCGAUGUCCUGCUCGCUUCUCACCAUUGGCCGACCUGGGGCACAGAUAAUGUGCAAGCCACACUCAGAAACCAGCGCGGUCUCUAUCGCUAUGUCCAUGACCAGACAAUGCGACAGGCCAACCAGGGCGCUACCAUGCACGAAAUUGCGGAAAAUAUCGGCGAACCGGACUUUGCCAAAACAGAUUUCGGGGUGCGCGAUUAUUACGGAACUUUGAACCAUAACUCCAAAGCCGUCUAUCAACGUUAUUUCGGCUGGUGGGACAGCGUGCCUGCCAACUAUCAUCAGUUGCCACCGACCCAGGCUUCCAUCAAAUACGUUGCGGCCAUGGGCGGGGCGGAAAAGGCGCUGGCUGUUGGUGAAGCAGCCUUCAGUGAAGGCGACUACCGCUGGGCUGCGACAGUGUUCAACCAUGUGGUGUUUGCCGAUGCCGACAACGAGACCGCGCGUAAAUGGCUGGCCUCAACUUAUGAACAACUUGGUUUUCAGGCUGAAGCCGGAACAUGGCGAAAUAUCUAUCUUGUUGGAGCCGGGGAACUUCGCGAAGGCAACGUCAACACAGCAACGCUUUCCAGCGGCAACGCAAAAGUGCUGAACAGUAUACCGGCAGUUGAUUUAUUUGAUUCUCUGGCGACGCGUUUCAAUCCAGUAAAAAUGCAAGGGGAUGGCGGGAUCAUUCAGUUCAACUUCCCGGAGCGUAACGAGGUUGUCAGUGUUGAUCUGAAUAAGAGUUACAUGUUUCCCCGCGCCGGAGCCAAUGCUGCGGCAAGCGGACAGGUCACGAUCAGCCGAACCGAUUUCACAGAACUGCUGACCCGCGAGGCGACUGCAGAAAUGCUUGUUCAAUCCGGGGCGAUGACGCUCUCGGACGAUACUGGCCUAAUGGCAACAAUGUUCAAUGCACUGGAUCCCGUAAACCUUCAGUUUAAUAUCGUCACGCCUUGA